GGUUGCAACUUAAUUAUCAUUUUUUUUUUCUUCUCAUUUUUAACAUCGAUAUUUAUUUAUUUUUUUUUUGUUUUGGUCGUUUGAAGAAAUCAAUCAGAAUUUGAUGUUUCAAAAAUGAAUGAAAUCGAUGAAUUACUUAAAAAUAUUGAUGGCCAAUUUAAAGAUGUUGUUGGUGUUUUAAUUGUUGAUCGUGAUGGUAUUAUCAUCAAAAGUACAAUCAAUGAAGUUGUUGAAACAAUACAAAAUUAUGGUAUGAGUAUUGCACAGAUUGUUGAAACAUCAAAUCAAUCAUUGAAUGAAAAUGGUGAAAUUCAAUUUCUUCGAAUGAAAACCAAACGAAAUGAAUUUAUUGUUGUUCCGGAUAAAGAAUUUAUGUUGAUUACAAUUUUGAAUGCAAACAAUCCAUCGCUUUCACAUGGACAACAUGCUAUAUCGUCAAACUAGUCAUUUUGGCAAAAACAUUUUAAUUUUUUU